GUCUGAAUAGGACUACCUACUUAUAUCUACCUAACUACGUAUAUGUAUCUACCCACACCUGCCAGCAACGAAGGUGAUUCCAACCUCCAAAUCGUCAUCCUCUCCUUCUUCCCUCUGGAACUCCUGAUCGUCCAUCCUCUCCUCUCCCCUCCUCCCUCUCUGCUAUACCCAUCUCCAUUAUCAACCUCAUCAUCCUCCCAAUCCUCGAAUCGACUCUCUUCUUUCUCUGUCUGUGCUCUCUCUCCCGCCCUCCUGACCGCCCUCACCUCCUCACCGCCUGGCCCACUCCCAGUUAUCAGAGAUAAACCCAUAAACCCAUCAAACCCGCCUUGCCUGUCACUGUCACGCCCUGUCACCGUGACCUGCUCACCAGCCAGCCCAGCAGUUCCUUGGGUCCAUCUUUCCUCGCUCGUGCCUGGCGCUCGAUCGAUCCGGGUGGUCUGUUUCUGUUGCCUGCGACCGCCGGUCGGCUUGCUGCCUCGACGGUUUUUUUUAUUCCCACGAUAUACCUAGUCAUCUUCUGGCUUGAUUCUGCAAGAGAGUCUGGAUAUUCUGCCUGGGGCCUGACUUGAGUCAUUCCCUCCCUCCCUCCUCAACAGGUACCUACCUACCUGGGUACGGUAUCUAUCUAUGACUUCCCGCGUGUGACUGUCUGCUUGCACGCUGGCUCCGCCAUGGCUACUACCCAUCAUUCCCGGAGGACGCGAGAUGCCUCCCGGCCUGAGAUGUCUAUCGGUCGCUAUACACGGCUGGACGAGAUCGGGCGCGGGAGCUUUGCCACUGUCUACCAGGGUGUGCAUACGGUGAGUUUCUCUCUCUCUCUCUCUCUCUCUCUCUCUCUCUCUUUUGGACACCAUUU